UCCGCCGUGGACCUAACCUUUCCGUCCAUUGCUGCUCUUUUCGGGUUCGGGUCUUCUUUCAGGCGUUGUGCGCGAGCAGCCACAAAAUGAAGACGAUCGUCACGAAUCAGACUGUCAAGAUCCCGGAAGGAUUGACUGUUACAGUCAAUUCCAGGUUAGUCAAAGUUAAAGGACCCCGAGGUUGCUUGAAACGCUCCUUCAAGCACUUGGCUCUGGAUAUCCGUAUGGUGUCACCCAGGCUGCUAAAAGUAGAAAAAUGGUUUGGUACCAAAAAAGAAUUGGCUUCAGUCCGAACGGUAUGCUCACACAUCGAAAAUAUGUUGAAGGGUGUCACCAAAGGAUAUCAAUACAAAAUGAGAGCAGUAUAUGCUCACUUUCCCAUUAACUGUGUCACCACCGAAAACAACACAGUUAUUGAAAUCCGUAAUUUCUUGGGUGAGAAAUUUAUCAGGAGAGUGAAAAUGGCACCAGGCGUCACAGUUGUCAACUCUCAAAAACAAAAAGAUGAGCUUAUCCUCGAAGGCAACUCGCUGGAAGACGUUUCACGAUCAGCUGCCUUAAUCCAACAGUCAACAACUGUCAAAAAUAAGGAUAUCAGAAAGUUCUUAGAUGGAUUAUACGUGUCUGAAAAGACUACUGUUGUUCAAGAUGAUCAAUAAACGCAUUUUUAAGAGUAACAAGAUA